AUGUCUUUCGCAUUUUCUUUCGACUGCGAAGAGGAUGUUUAUCAAUUUGCUUACUGUUAUCCAUAUACUUAUAGCAGACUGCAAACAUACUUAGGGAUACUAGAGAGUAAACAUUAUGCACAUUUGAAGAGAGAACUCUUGGGUCUGACAAUACAACAAAGACGUUUAGAUCUUAUAACAAUUACUCAUCCUAAUAACCUAAAUAAAACGGCUGACAGAAAACGUGUGAUAUUUGUGACUGCUCGUGUUCAUCCUGGUGAGACCCCAUCAUCUUAUGUUUGUCAAGGGUUUAUUGAUUUCAUGGUUAGCAAUCAUUCAAUAGCUCAACAAUUGCGUGAACGAUUAAUUUUUAAAAUUGUUCCAAUGUUAAAUCCGGAUGGUGUCUAUUUAGGAAAUUAUAGAUCAUCCUUAAUGGGAUAUGAUUUAAAUAGGCAAUGGCAGUCUCCAUCCUUAUGGGCACAUCCUACUAUUUAUGCUACAAAACAACUGUUAAUGAAUUUGGACAAUAAUGCAUUCGUCGAUGUGAAUUUCUUUAUUGAUAUACAUGCACAUUCUACGCUAAUGAAUGGAUUUAUGUAUGGAAAUAUAUAUGAAGAUGAAAAACGAGCCAAGAGACAAGCUCGAUUUCCAAGUUUGUUAAGUCAGUUUGCUGAAGAUUUUAGCCUACCUCAGACAAAUUUCAAUAGGGAUACUUUGAAAGCUGGAACUGGUCGACGCACGUUGGGUGGUAUUCUGGAUGAUCAUACUAUUUGUUAUACAUUGGAGGUUUCAUUUUACAGUUAUACAAAUAUGUUAACCAAUGAAAUGAUUCCAUAUACCGAAGAAAAGUAUGCUCGACUAGGCAGAAAUUUAGCUAGAACAUUUUAUGAAUAUUAUUCAAGUGAAGGUCUUUUUUGUAGAACGUCAUCAUCUAGAAGCAAUUCCAUUCAUUCAUCUGAUAAUAUUUCAGCACCAAGCUAUUCCCAUCUCAAUAAUCAUAAUUUAUCAAAUACAAAACAAUCUAUUAUCAAUUUAGAGGAGGAUAACCAUAGUCAACAUCACCAGAAUACUAACUCAAAUACUUAUGCAAUAAAUGAAGAAUUAAUUGUUCUACCCAAUUCAUCUAGACACCGUUUAGAAGAUAGAUUGAAAUAUGAUUAUUAUCAGUUAAAGCGAUUAAAUCAAACGUUGAGUUCGUUAAGUAAUUGUACGAUUUCGGAUUCAUUUCAAAGGAAUCGACUCUCAUUUAGAUCAACAUCAAAAGAUGAAAGCUGA